AUGCGCGCUACGUGUCCUGCUAUAUAUGGCUCUGUUGGCGCUCCAGCGGGGUCCGCCAUUUCAAGACAGAAAGUCUUUCGCGAAAAUCAAACUCGAUACCCCCCCCGUUCACCGCCAUCACCGUUUCCCCAAGCCCUUAACAGAUAGACGAAAGCGCCAUGCUGACGUUCAUAAUAGAUACCUCUCUAGGGAUCCUUGCUACUUGGGCCUUCUACCGGACGGCUAUCGUCCUUCUGUUUCCCGAGACUCAUUCUGAGAUCAAUAUCCCUGAGCUUCUACGAUUGCUAGUCAGAGGCUUGUUAGCAACCCCAGGCCCUAGCGUUCUCCCGCUAGGCCAAUUGAGCUACACACUCCUCGAAAAUACGCGUAAGACAGGGCGGUUGCGAGGUGGAUACUUUGUGCUGCACACAGCGAAGGGACUUUGGUCGGAUGAGAAGGGGACAAGCUGUAUUCUAGAGAUACAGAAUAAUUGGAGGAAGAUAGAGGGAGAGUGGUACGCUUUGGUCAAAGAGCCAUUCGUCGGAUUCCGUACCACGGAGGACGGUGAACACGUUGUCGCCUUGAUAGUCAGGCAUCGAAGUGACUGGGAUGCCAUCCCCAGUACCUCCGAUCUCAUCCCCGAAGGCUUUCGUGUAGUGCAGGGGUGGCGUGAGAUAGGUAGAGAAGAGCUUAAAGAGAAAGGGAAUGUUCUAUAUGGCCAGGAAUUAUAUUGGGGUGCCUUCGAUCUGUAACAUUUCCCCACAGCCGCAAGAGACAGAUUUCAGUGCUAACGGGUUAGUUACAAGCAAGCCCUACACCGACCAGCAGAUUCGGUGCCCUCUGACCUGAUACAACGAAACUGUGCCCAGGCAGCGCUAAAACUCUCCCUCCGCGACACAGCCAUUCAAGAUGCCACAGCAGCAUUUUCGGCCAAUCCGUCGGAUCCCAAAAACUCCCUCAAGUUAGCUGAAUGUCACUACGCUGCGCGAAAUUAUGUCGCAGCGGAAACAAAUCUUCAGAAUCUAGUAGCACUCGAUCCCCUAAAUGUCAAAGGAAAGCUCCUACUCGAAAAAUGCCAGCAAAGGAUCGCAGAGGCCAACGGGGAAUACGAUUGGGUGAAGAUCAGAAGGGUGCUGAAGACGAGGCCUAAUUCCCAUCUCGAUGUCGCGGAUUAUACUGGGCCUGUUGAAGUCAAAGUCGGCAAAUUCGGCAGGGGGUUAUAUACGACAAAAGACGUUAAGGUUGGAGAUCUACUACUCGUUAGUAAAGCCCUGCAAUUCGUUUACCUCUCCGACGGAGAUCUCGAAAACAGCGAAAAGUUGAAGAAUAUGAAGCUGGAUUGCAUCCUCGAGGUUGCCGAAAGGUUACACAACGAGAAGAGUCUACAGAACGGAUUCUUCGAGCUCUGGAGGGGAAAAGAGAGCGCGGAACCUAGAAAUAUCGAUGACACCUAUGCUCUAGACACGUGAGUAUUCCUUUCAAACAGUGACCGUGAUUACCCUUCAGCUAACCUUGGGGGCAGAGAGAUGAUCAGAGACAUAUAUGACGUGAAUUGCUUCACACCGUCAUACCAUGACAUAAAUACUUUCCUAGAAGAGCCGCCAUAUGGCGAAGGGCUGUGGCUUCUUCCUUCCUUCAUGAACCACGCGUGCUGGGCCAACACACGUCGCUCUUUCCUCGGGUAUCCUCUUCUCCAGACCACGAAGAGCACUAAAGUAUUCAAGCUAAUGUGAUGCAGCGACGUUAUGAUCCUCCGCGCAGCAGCCGACAUCCCUUCCGGUUCCGAACUCUUUACGCCUUACGUCUCGCUCUAUACAGACCUACUAUCCCGGCAAACCCACCUACAAGAUCGCUACGGCUUCACCUGUACUUGUGCAUACUGCACAAUUCAAACGGAAGAACCUCUUCAAGUGCGUAAGGAUCGAGCCUCGAUCCUCGAAUCCUACGCUACCCUCCUUCCAUCCCUUAAUCCUCAAUCGCAGCAAGAGGCUUUGAAGGAAUGCAUUUUAGAGGUCGAAAACACAUACACUCUUCCCCCAAGUGACUUUCCACGAUUAGAACUCUUAAAUGUCUAUUGGACGCUAGCCUUAACAUACCACCAAGAUCAGCCACUAGAGGGGAUAGCAGUCAGCAUGAAUUUGCUAUCUGCACUUGGAUUCGAAUUCGACGAUGAUGGGAGCACGAGAAGAGUCGGGUACAUGGAUAUUCAUGCGAUGCCCACAAUGUCUCAAUUAUGUAUCUCUUGGGCGGCGUUGGGGAAGAUGCAGAGGGCCGAAAAGUGGGGGGAGAAUGCGAAGGCCGUUUGCGAGAUCAUCAUGGGCGAGGGGACCCGGUUUGAGGAGAUUUAUAAAGGCUGGCUAGAAGCGGCACCAAAGGGCUAGUUAGCCGUGUCAUAGAACAGCUAUGGCCGGACAAUGCGACGAGACGAAACGAGGGGAAAUCAAUCAUCAUAAAUAGUGUGUCCAAACCGAGGAUAUCAGUAUCAAUCCAAAUCCAUGCGCGGUGUAUCCC